UUUUGCCCUUUUAAAACCAAACACCAAAACAUCUCCAUCACUAUAAACAUCACUCCCAAUAUAUAUAAUGUUGAAUUGCAAACACUCUACUCUCAACUCCUCACUCACAAACCCCAAACACUAGCUACUACAUGGAUAAGCUUGGCAUUUCUGCUUCUUUAUCCCACUUCGGCGGCUCCAGCGGCAGCGCCACCGAAGUGAUUCUAGCUUCCGACCAGCCCAAGAAGCGGGCCGGCCGGAAGAAGUUCAACGAGACGCGCCACCCCGUCUAUCGCGGCGUGCGCUUGCGGAAAUCCGGCAAAUGGGUUUCCGAGAUCAGAGAGCCGAACAAGAAAACGAGAAUCUGGCUCGGCACCUUCGACACCGUCGAGAUGGCCGCACGUGCACAUGAUGUCGCCGCGAUUGCGCUGAGGGGCCGCUCCGCCUGCCUCAACUUCGCCGACUCCACGUGGCGGCUGCCCCUUCCGGCAUCUUCCAGCGCUCACGACAUUCGGAAGGCCGCGGCCGAGGCAGCCGAGGCCUUCCGUCCCCGCACAACCGCCGCCUUGACGACGACGGAGAUAUCAUUGCUCAUGGAGGAAGAAGGUGUGGUUGGAAUGGAAGGAUUGAUGUGGGAUAUGGCGGAGGGGUUGAUGAUGUCGCCGCCUCCUCUCUACAAUGAUGACUUCCAAAUGCAAGAUGAUAUGUCACUCUGGAGUUACUCUAUCCCAAAGCAUUAAAAACGUGUUCUACCUUUUUUAGCCACAAACAAGGUCAAUAAGCAUAGCAUAUGAGGAAUCUGUUGGCAGCUCAUGUAUCCCUCCUUAAUUAGAGGCAGCUGUUGCACUUGCAAACAACAGUGUGUGUACUAUCUAUGGAGAUACGAGAUAGAUUCGACUCAGAUAUAUAUGAUCAAUUGUGAAGCAACAAUUGAGGAACAAUUUAAAGUAGUCUUAUCAGGGACGUUUAUUUCUUAGGAUUAAGUUUGAUAGAUA